AAGUGGUCUAGACGUGAUGUGAUGCAGGGGGUCGAGCUGGAUAUAAGGAGAGGACACUCCUUCACCUUCAGUCACUUUACAGUAGUGAACGUGUAGCACUACGACACUGCGACAUGGCUCUCCUCAUCCACCUGCUGCUGUGUGCAGCGCUCAUCUCUCUGGCGCAGACAUACUCCACUGAAGACAUGAAGGAGGCCAUUCUCCAAAAACUCGGACUAACGGAACUCCCCAACAUCCACAAGAGAGAUUUAGAAAGUCUUGUGGUGCCGAAUCACAUCAAGACUAAGUAUCUGUCCAUGCUGAAACUGCACCAUGCUCGGAGGCGGAGGUCUCUGCCCAGUUUGGCGGGAAUCCUCAGGCGUAUCCAUGGCAACACAGAUAUAACAGGGGAAGUUAAGUACUCAGACAUGACUCGCCAGCAUCUCGUGUUUGACAUGGAGACACGGUUGAAAGAGAACAGCGAGGUGGCCAUGGCAGAGCUCAGACUUUACCAGACCGCGCCGCGGAAGCUGCCUGUGAGCGAGAAGAAGAAGCACAGAGCCGUCAAUCACGCUCGGGUCAGCAUAUACUGGGUGUGCAGAGACUCCAACCACACCUCCCUGGUAGACUCAAGGUUGGUGAAAGUGAACGAGGUCGGCUGGAGGAGCUUUGACGUGACCCAUGCGGUUCAUUACUGGUCCAAGUCCCUGACGAAAAGCCCACUGCACCUGGAGGUGCGGAUCGAGGGAGAGAGGCCUGGAAGUUAUGCAGCCGAAAUGGCAAAGCGAGUGCGGUUCACCACGCAAACCUCCCUGAACACCCUCGACAAGACUGCAGGGACACCUGAGCUCGUUCUGUACACCCUGAACUUGGAAGAAUAUGGGUCCCUGGGCGACUGCAGGCGCGGCGCAGAGAGUCAGGCGUGUUGCAGGGAAGAGCAUUACAUCAACUUCCGGGAAGUAACGUGGGCGCAGUACUGGAUCCUGGAGCCCGCUGGAUACCAGGCUUUCCGCUGCGCAGGAGGAUGUAAGCAGCCGAAGCGCAAUUACGGCUACGGCCCGAGAUCCUGCUCAGUGGUGGAAAGCGCACCUCUGCCGGUGAUGUACCUGCUGAAGAAAGGGGACUACACCCAGAUCGAAGUGGCCGAAUUUCCCAACAUGAUCGUUGAAAAGUGCGGAUGUUCCAUGGACAAGAUUUCCACCGCUUAAACGCGAGGACUUCUCACUAUUCAACUGAGCACUUGAAAAUAAUAGGUUUAAUAUUGUCUUGAGUCACGUUAGUUUAUUUUGCACCAUAGAAGGCACUGUGUGAUUUCACUUUUAUCUUCUGAAAAUAAAAACAAUUAAUGUCUUAA